CGGUGCCCCUUCAACCAUGUCGGCAUCAACACCAUCAAUGUUCAACGAUCUCUCCGAGGCUUUUUCACUUGUCAAUUCUAUGUCAGCCGUUCUCAAUCCAUAUCCAUUAAUAUUGCAAGCUAUUGCUUCCCAGAAAGCGAAAAUCGCAAACCCCAGCCUCCCGAAAGUCGUUUUUGUCUUAGGGGUCGUCCAUCUCGUUCUUUUACUUCUCGCAGCAAUCACAUUCUUUUUAAAAGCUUCGAGGAAAGACAACGGAAAACGACGGAAAAUCUGGUUUUGGCGAACACAUUACGUUGCAAACCAAACGAUUCCUUAUCUUGUGCCCAAUGGGAAUUUUUCCAUUGAGCUUUUGCAAAUAUUCAGCUGUUCUUUCUACAUUAUUUUUUCAGUUACUACUUACGCAGUAUGUACGUACCCUCAAGUCCCAUCUGACAUUACUCAUGCAAGCAUCAUCUUUUGGUACGCAAUUGCCAUUGUUCCCGAUGCUGCUGCUUUCUGGUGGGGCGGAUGGGCCGCAAUUUAUCUGGUUUACCUUUCACCGACUCAAUUGGACAUAACAGAUUCAAACACCAAGAAGUCUUUUAUCCGCCACCCCAUUUUUAUGAAUACUCUCUGCAUAGGGGUGCCGGCAGUGGUUGCAACUUACUUUUUAAUCGUUGGGAUUACGAUGGCGGUCGAGCUCAAACAAAUACUAAAUUCUUACAACCUCCUGGGGACAACCCUCCAUGAAUUAUCGGUACUUUGGAAACCUGAUGACCCGCUGAACCAUGAAAAAAAUCGAACCCUUUUCAACCUCUUUGAAACAAUCUUAGGACAAGUCUCACGAGUUACUGCCGUAGCCCAGAGGGAAACCUAUGGCUGGGCUGCUGUAUCAAUCUCUAUGAUUGCGUUUUAUUUAGCUACCACAAUUUCUGCCGGCCAUUUAUUGAAGCGUACGUUAUCGAUCGCCACCGGGAAGAAGUCGCUGUGUGAAAAGCGCAUUGAUCCAGAUAAAUCUGUAAAUUACCUCGAUGAGAGCAUUUCAAGUAUUGAUUCCAAGGCCGGAUCAGAAGGAUUCAAGCUCACGUUCGUCAAGUGUACGUCCACACUGAGGUUACAAAGGGGUUAUUAUUUCAUUUACAUCAGUUGUGCGAUCAUGCUCGCAGUUCUGGGUUUGAAUAUCUGCAUCAGUGUUAUCUUUGGAUUGAAGACCAAAGUAAUCUUGAUCCAGACAGAUUGGCAAAUUCGUCUCUUGACGAUGAUAAGCAGUACAAGUGCCCUGCUAUCAUUCUCACUGUUUCUCCAAAGUCUCAUGCUGUUAGUUUGGGGUUAACAACACACUCUUUAUGUUAGCAGAUAUUGAAUCACUCCAAGUCAGUCAAUUCGAACAUGACUGUUUCCACACAUCACAUUUGUUUUCGGACCGGCUUCUCAAGAUCGAGAGAUCCUUCGGUUUUACGCUUGGAGCCCAACUACCGGACGUACUUCUUGGAAUCUUUAGCCUUUGAUUUAUCUUGCCUUGUACGGUCAUUCAUGAAAUGCCAUGCAGAAGACAUCCAAUGCAAUAUGGAAGUCAAUCCUGACCCAAUGACGAGCGAGAGAG